AUGACUAUUUCUUGGCAAGCACCCACAGAUUACGCCAACCGACCGGUUGCCAUUCUUGGUGCCGGUGUGCUUGGUCGUAGAAUUGCAUGCAUCUGGGCUUCUGCCGGAUAUAACGUCCGAGUUCGCGACCCUAGCCCCCAGCAACGUGCCGACUGUGUCACCUACGUUGAAGAGAAUGUUGCCUCAUACGCUGAGAAGACUGGAAUCGCUCCAGGCACGGCAAAGGCAUUUGAAGACGUGAAGUCUGCGGUCGAAAAUGCUUGGCUUGUUAUCGAAGCUGUCCCGGAGAAGAUCCAGUUGAAGAUCGACACCUUUGCUGAGCUUGACGCACUCUCUCCUGCCGACUGCAUCUUGGCCUCCAACUCGUCGUCUUAUAAAUCUUCUGAAAUGCUCGAGAAGGUCUCCGCGGCUAGAAAGUCUCAAGUACUAAACAUGCAUUAUUAUAUGCCCCCUGCCUGUAUGAUUGUUGAAUUUAUGACCGACGGGUUUACGGCUCCCGAAAUUUUCCCUUUCUUGGUCGAACGCGCUAAGGAAGGCGCAACUUCACCCUACGUUGCCAGGAAGGAAUCGACCGGUUUUAUCUUCAACCGACUUUGGGCUGCAGUGAAGCGCGAGACCUUGACUAUUCUGUCAGAGGGAGUCUCCGUUCCUGGAGAAAUCGACGCUAUGUGGGAGGAGAUGUUCAUCAAGGGUCGCGCCCUCCCUUGCAAGAUGAUGGACAACGUCGGCCUUGAUACCGUUGCUUUCAUUGAGGGUCACUACAUUCAUGAACGCGGCCUACCCUCUGAGCAUACCGUUGAUUUCUUGAAGAAGAAUUAUCUGGACCACGGCAAGCUGGGUAAUAAGUGUGCUAACGGAGGACUUUACUCGCCUGUCGAUACCGCAGCCAACCCAAAUGAGCCCCGCAUUGUUGUCCUGGACAUUGGCCUCUCUUCCGAUGUUCUCGGUUCCACACCUGGUGAAAUCCUUGAAAUCGGUUUGGAUGGAAAGCUCAAGCAAGUUUUGGUUCCCAAACAGGCCUAUCCGGACGGUAUUGACAUCGACUAUGAGAGUGACCGGAUGUUCUGGACUACUAUGGGAGUUCCAGGAAAGGAUGAUGGUUCUGUCUACUCUGCCAAGACAGAUGGAACUGAUAUUCGCCAAAUUGUUCCUUCUGGUGCGGUCAACACUCCCAAGCAACUUGUUGUGGUGGCGGAACUCAAGAAACUUUAUUUCUGCGACCGCGAAGGUCUUCGCGUUUUCCGAUGCAACUACGAUGGUUCCUCCCUGGAACUAUUAAUCGAUAAUCGCGAAGAUGGGGCUUCUCAGCAAACUCUUGAGCAUUCUAAAUGGUGUGUUGGCAUCACUGUGUCCCCUAAGCUGGGCAAGUUCUUCUGGACACAGAAGGGAGCUUCCAAGAGCGGCAAGGGCCGCAUAUUCAGCGCCAAUAUUGAGAUGCCUAGUGGUCAGUCCGCCAAGACUAGAGAGGAUAUCAAGUGUGUUGUGGCGAGUCUUCCCGAGCCCAUUGAUCUUGAGUUGAGGGAAGAUACUCUACAGCUUUACUGGACUGACCGCGGCGAGCUUCCCUUCGGCAACACAUUAAACCGGGCUCAGUUGACUGACUCUGGCCUUCUCGCGGAGGCUUCGCAGAAGCAUGAGAUCCUCACCAAGCAUUUCCACGAGGCAAUUGGUUUGAAACUCGAUACCAAGAACGGUCACAUUUACAUGACCGAUCUUGGUGGCAGCAUCUACCAGUGCGAUCUAGAGGGUAAGAAAAAGAAGGUUAUUUAUUCUGAUGAGACCCGUGCUUUCACUGGAAUCGCGCUCCUCUGA